AUGCCUCCAAGAAGAACAAGAUCAUCAGGUAAAAAGCGAUCCACUAAAUAUGUAGAUUAUUCAUCGACUGAUGCUGAGGAAGAUCUUGAUGAAUAUGUUACAUCUGAUGAGGAAGAAAAACCAAAAGUAAAGGCACCAUCACGUGUUCCUAAAAAGAAAUUAAAAAAGACAACAGAGGAACGAAAAAAUGAUGAAAUGGUUGAUGAAGGUGAAUCUGCCAAUAUCAAUACUAAACGUUUAUUGGAUGCCAGAAGUAAAAAAGCUAAAAGAAUGGAUUGGGAACAAGGAUUUUUCUAUUUGCCAAAAUUUGAUUGUUAUUUACCAAGACAUAUUCUACACAUGAUACUUGAAUAUGUACCUCCAUUCCCAUACUUUUUAAAUAUUAGAAGUAUUUCGCAACAAUGGUUGGACGAUUUUGAUACUGUUAUUUGUCAAAAUGUAAAAGAACUUGACUUGGUUCAAAGAAAUGAUAUUGAUUAUGAAUUAGUGAGAUACAAGUUUCCGUGGUAUGAUUCAAAUUGUACCACUAGAAGAAACAAUGACUGUAUUAGAUUCUUAGCAAUUUUAUUUCCUAACAUUGAAAAGUUAAUUGUUCCUGCUAUUGGUGCCACUGUUCGUGUUCCUAAUAAUAUCUUGAAACUUUUCCACAAGUUACAAACUAUGGAGAUAUUUUAUGUUUCCCCACUUACUUUGGAUGUUAGCUAUAAUCCUGCUGAAAUUCCUCUCACUUAUAGACAAGAUAUUACAAAUAUUCAAAACAUUACUUAUAAUAGAUAUUUGACGCAAUUUACUUCAUCCCUUGUCAUGGUAAAAGAUGACAACUCAUCUCUUAUUACAUUAUCAAAUUCACUUAUUCCUGAGAAUGUAAUUUCUUUAUUUAAGUAUCUUGUAAAGGAGCAACACUUCUCUCUCAAGAGAUUGAAUGUUCUAUCAUUGCCAGAAAAUCUGUAUAGCAAGGCAUUGAUUGACUUUAUUUUAGAAGAAAAUGUAAAGCAUGUAGAAAGAGGAUAUGGCUCUCCAGAGCUUACCACAGGUUCAAAUAGUAUUUAUAUUACCAAUGAAGAAAUUGCUGAUUACAUGUAUGAAAAGCAAUUUUUCAAAACUCUAAUCUCUCCAACAGAUAUUACAUCAUACGAUUGGGAUUUUAUUUCUCAAAUCUUAUCUGGUGUAUCCAAUCUCCAAGUAUUUAAAAUGUUAUUUGAACAGGCUAAUUUUCCACUAGUUUUUGAUGCAGAAAUCAACCCAUUAUUAUGGUUAAUUCAGAACAAUGUAUCCAGACAAUUACCACAAAUUAUUGAAUUCUUAUGUACUCGUAAUCCAUCACUUGUCACAUUAGGUAAUUCUAAAGGAUUUUUGAAUGGAGAUGAAAAAAAUGUAAAUAUUUUACAUUUAUACAUCACAUGUAGUAAUGAAUACGAAAUUAAUGAGGAUGUAAUUGCAACCUUAAUCAAGAUUGGUUGUGAUAUCAAGUUUGUUUGUCCAACAACAGGUAACAAUCUCAUUCAUAUUCAUCCAUGCUCUCCAUCUCUUAUUGAUGCAUUACCAGUAGACUUUAUUCAAAUGAAAAAUAAUAAGGGUUUUAACCCUUUAGAACGUUUAAUCAAAAGAAUUGAAAUUGAAAAUAAUAUCAGGAAUAAUGAUAUUUUUUCUGCAAUUGAUGCAUUUGGUAAAGUUUACACAAAAUUUGGUUUACCAAUCAAUGAUUUGAAAUUUGAUAAGAAUCAAAACUUACUUCACAAAUUUAUUAUCAUAUCAAAAAAUACUGGUAUUGUUAACAAAUUGAUUACUCACGGAGUUGACGCUAAUGCUAUUGAUGAAAGUGGAAAUAUUCCACUAUUCUACUAUUUAGAAAAUGGUUGGCGAUCAGAUAUAGAUUUUACAGCAAUUAUGAAUGCAAUUUCAGAAGAAACAUUGACUAAACAGUUUAACAACAAAUCUUUACUGACCAAUGUAAUAGAGAGAUUCCAACCAGACGAAGCGAAUAAUUCAUUUUACUAUUUUGGUAGCUCUUCCUCCAGUAAUAUUUCAACUCUCGAUUUGAUAGAAAGUCUUCUCUCUAGAGGAUGUAAUCUAAAUGAAGCUCUUUCAGAAUUAUCUGGAACAUAUUAUGAAAAGGAUAAUCUUGAACUCAACAGACCUAUAUUUUUGAUGCAACUUCUACACUCCAUUAGCUCUUCAACCUUGGAAACAUUAAGAAAAAUCUUUAAACGUUUUGAUGAUUUUGAAGAUAUUCUUAUCAAGCCAUGCACUGUGAAAGGUACCCUCAUCUCACCACUUUUGUAUUUAUUAUCAAUGUGGAAAAACUUUAGAUCCAAUAGACAAACUGAACUUCAUCAAACUUUCCACUCUGAUGACCCCCUCAUUCCUGCAAAAUUACUAGAAAACAUUAUUGACAUUCCAAACAAGAAAAUCGAUGCACUCUUUUACACAAUCAUAUCUAGUUCAUCUGCUGUAAAUUGGCAAUAUCUUGAAGGUAUUUUGGGCGUAACAAUUGAUACCACAUCAGGAGCUUGGUGGUAUAGACCAACAAAAUUUACAGAUAUUGCAACAAACCUUGCAUCCUACAGAUAUGAAGAUGAAGUUUUUGGCAAUAUUAAUGUUGUCCAACUCGCAACAAUUAUGGGAGCAGACCAUUUUCUCAGACAAAUUGAGCAAGUUUUCUCUCAAGCCAACUCUAUCCAUGUAUUAGAUACUCUCACCAACGAGCCAUUCAAAAAUGGUACAUCAGUUUUAGAUGAACUAGCAAAGAGAGGACUAUUUACUGUUGGAAAUAUCUUUGUGCGCAAGACUAAAAGUCAAUCCAAUCCAAUAGAAUGGACAACGAAACAUUUCAGAUUAGCAUUCGAAUCAAAUAAUUUUGAAUUCUGUUAUCAAACUAUUGCCAACUCAUUAGAUUACAUGAAUGACUUUACAAAGGAAGAGAUUUUACAAAUACUCAUUGGAUGUAUUGUAGAAGGAAAAAAUAGAUACAUGGAGGAUAAGACUUCUCAAUUAAGCAUUGCCGAUUUAAUAGCAAACCACUUUAAUGGUUUGACUCCUGAAGAGAGGUUUAAGAUGUUUAGUACACGUUUCCAAAUUACUGUAAACAAAGAGAGAAAAGAUGAAACCCCAGCUUAUCAACAUUACAGUAAUAAUUGGGAAAGCAUUUUAGGAUCAGCCCUAUUUGAAGCCAAGACUGCUUGGUCCAAGACACAAGCCCUCAAUUCACCAGAGCCAAAGGAAUACUAUCUCAGUCUCUUUGAUAUAUGUUAUUUGAAAGGUUUAAUUUAUCUCUUUUUAUAUCUUGCACUUGAGGAUACAACUGGUAGAAAGAAGAAGAAUAUUCUUGUACAUUCAGAGCUGAGUCAAGACAUUUUAAUUUCUUGGCUGACUACUAAGUGUGAAGCUACAGGGAAAACUUGCCUCCACAUUAUUUGUGAAGAUUCUACUCAUAAUUACUAUUCUGAUAAUUAUUCAUGCAAAUGUGAUAUGAUUAAUGAUUUGGUCAAAUAUCUUUCCUCAAUUGAUAGAGAAGAUGUGUUUAAUAUUCAAGAUAAUGAAGGUAGAACUGCAGCCUUUUAUGCACUAGAAUCAGGAAACUGUGUUGAAACCUUUUUCAAGGCAACAGACCUUUCCAUUAAGAAUAAUAAUGGUGAAACUGUUAAAGAUCUCCUAGAUGAUCAAGAAAAGGUAACCUAUGCCAGAUUCUUUGAGGUAAAAGAAGAGAAGAAAGAAAAACCAAAACCAAAGAAACCAGCCCCAAGAAAAAAGAAAAAGAAAUCCAGUGAAGAGGAAGAGGAAGAAGAAGAAAAACCAAAGAGAAGAAGCACCAGAAGAAAAAAGAAGCAAGAAAGCAGUGAUGAAGAGGCUGAAAUGGAUGAUAGCGAUGACGAUUACGAAGAUAAACCAAGAAAGAAGAGAGCAACCAGAAAGAGAAAAUAA